AGUUGUUUGAGAGUUAACUUAAAAUUGGUCCGAAGGCGAUAUAAUUAUGGCGAUUGGGUUUAUUGAUUGUCACUGUCAUAUUUCAGCAGAAGAAUUUAUUUCGGAUGUAGAUGAAGUGAUUGAAAGAGCCAAAAAGGCCGGUGUUAAAGCUCUUGUCGCAGUGACUGAAAAUGGAAAUGAGUUUGAAAGAGUUAUUGCACUUUCUAGCAGGUAUGCUGACUUCAUUGUGCCAUGCUUUGGGAUUCAUCCAGUUCAAGGUGUCCCAGGUCACAAGCAGUGCAGUGCAACCUUAAAGGAUUUGGAGCCUGUCCUUCCUUUAUUCAGCAAGUACAAAGAUGAGCUGGCUGCCAUUGGUGAGAUUGGGCUUGACUUUACUCCUUGGUAUGUAUCUUCCUCAGAACAGCGAGAGGAGCAGUUGGAUGUGUUCAGGAAACAACUGGAGAUUGCAAAGCAGCUUGACCUACCAGUGAAUGUACACUCACGCUCAGCAGGGCGACACACUAUAUCUUGUCUGAAGGAACAAGGUAUUCGGAAAGCUCUGUUGCAUAACUUUGCUGGGAGGCCUUCAGCAGCUUUGGAAGGAGUACAGGCAGGUUACUAUUUCUCCUUUCCACCAGCAGUUUCUCUGAGUGAGCAGAGGGUCAAACUCAUUAGGCAGAUACCUUUGGAACAUAUUUGCCUGGAAACUGACUCGCCAGCACUUGGACCAGACAAAAAGGGAAGGAAUGAGCCAAAGAACAUCAGUAUUUCUUGUGAAUAUAUUGCUAAAGUGAAAAAUGUUUCAGCAGAUAAAGUUAUGGAAGUGACAUUAGCAAAUGCCAUCAGCCUGUUUCCUAAAAUUCUGAAAGCGAUAAAACUGUAGAAUGGUUCUCUGUAUCCUUCAAAGCAGAGUGAAUGAAUCCAGACUUGUCUGAGCAGAAUGGACCAGCCUGUACACCACAAUGUUCUUGUUCUAAAUGCAGCCACAUCAGAGAUGAUGAGAACAAGACUUAUGUGAGAUUUCAUGUUAGUAAUCAGGAAACUGUGGAUUGUGGAUAGAUUGGUUUAAGGCCAGCAAGUCAUAUAAAUUGUUUUUGAAGCAGAACGGACAAUAUUCUUGUAGAAAGGUCUUUGUAUAUUAUAAGAUAGGUAGUCUGAUAGAGGCUGGUUAGCUAUGUAGCCUCUUACUGUUAGGAAAGGAGCAUCAGACGGCUUAAACCAAGGAUAAACCCAUUCCAGAGUCAAUUACAUAGUGGGGCAGUGGCUCCUUUACAAAUCUCCUAGCAGUCAAUGUUUUAUGAGGUAAAAAAUCUUUUCUUCAGUACUUUAAGCAGUAGAGGAAUAUGAAUGCUUGUUAUAUGUAUACUAAAACUGAAUUUUCUUUUAUUUGACAGCUCAUUCUGGUAAAACAUUUAUUUUCCUAGCAGAGUUGUUUAGUAAGACUGAAGUCACAUUUGCUGUGUUUGUGCUCAAAUAUAUUUAAUUUUAUGAUUUCUCAGGAUGACUUUGUUUCUUUGCUCUAGUGUUUUGUUUUUACAUAAAAAGAGUUAGCAGUUUUAUUUUAAAAGCUGGUAGUUUUUUUUUCAAUGUCUUCAAAUAAGAGCACUGUAUAAGUCAAAAUGAUUAAAAUAUCAA